GACUUCGACCCGCUGGGGUUACAGAGUGCAAAAGGGGUCAAAGUGUUGCUAGAUUCCCUGGCAGAUAAGUUUGAUGACGAGAAGAUGAUGGAGCUGGGCGGAGAGGUCAAUACGUUCUUCACCAAGAUGCGCCGCGAGAGCGGCGAGGAGGUUCGCAACUACAUUAAUCGCUUCGAUUCGCAGACGCUCCCGAUUGAAUUCCCAGAUCAGGCGCUGGCCUGGUUGUUCAUGUGGUGUCUGGGUCUUCCGCCAGAGAGAAGCUGGAGCGUCAACGCUAACCAGAAUAAGUACGAGUUCAAGCCUUUGCAGAAGCAGACGCUGCUAAACGUGAAGGGCGCUCGAGCACUGGAUAAGUUCAACCCCCCAGGCCCGCACCAGUAUCGUUUGCCACAGGCACAGGUGGAGUUAGACAGACUUUGGGGAGCUUACGUGACGGAGAACGACGAUGAAGAUGAGAAUUUCGAGACACUCGGGACACAAAUGGAGGACGAUGACCUGCCAGAGGAGUUGCUCGAGGAAGAGAACGAAACGGAAGCAGAAGUGUAUAAGCUGGAGAAGAUGUUAGCCAUGGCGAAGGAUCGGCAGAAAGACGCCAAGCAGGCCAAGUCUGGCAUCUGGCACGAUGACAUGAAGAAGAGGCUCGCCAAGCAGGGCCUCAAGCCGAUUGAGUUUGACGAGCGAGAGGCCCUUGGUCAGCUGGGCGCCACUCGUGACCGCGAGGUGGGGGCUGGCGAGAGCACGCUGACAUUCCGGAAGCUGGGGGUCGCCAGCCUCAGGCUCGGCCGGAUCAAGAGCGGACGCCCAACUAUCGACGCGUUGCAGUUCGACAGGGACGCGCCCAAGAUAUCUCGAACAGGCCCCCCGUGGGACCGUGAGGGGGGCUCGGGCAAGAUGAACUUCAACAAGUUCGAGAGCGACCCGAAUCACAGCGAGAUCAACUUCAACCAGUUCGAGAGCGACCCAAAGCAGCGCGAGAUAAACUUCAACACCUACGAGAACGAUCCGAGUCACUUCGAGCAAAACUUCAUCAUGCGAGAGCCCGAACGGAAGUCAGAUCGGUUCGAGCAGUCUCAGGCGAUCGGCAAUUUCUUCCAUAUUCAGAUGCCUCUCAGUGUGCUGGCAUGGCUUCACAGUUGGGACGCGCUCAACGUAGACGCCAAGAAGCACUGCAACACGGCAGCGCUGUUGCGUUGGAAGCAGGUGUUCAAGUUAGUGUUCACUGCGAUCGCGAUGGCCAGGCACCUGGCAGUGGCGACAAUUUUUCACAGCGGGCGUCGGCAUGGGAAGGGGGAGAUCAUGGAAAGUCGAUUCGAGCCGCCAGAACCGCGACGUCUUCUUCCGACCGGGGCCGCGGUCAAGCUGGAGCUGCAGGAAGAGAUGGAGAACAACGGGUUGGCGUGCCAAGUCACGGGCUGCCGGGGGGCGCGCGCGAUUCUCAGCGAACAGCGGAUCCAGAGCGGACAGAGCCGAAGGGGAGCUCGAGUGCCGGAUCCGGAGCUUCGAGGUUUCGCCAACAAUUGCCAGGCGGAGCUCAUUCAGCUGGCCAAGAAGCGCAACGUCAAGGUCACCGAGGGGAUGAUCAAGGACAACAUCGCGCGCUUGCUGUUGGAGCAGAUUCCGACAGCGGUCAAGAAGGGGAGAUCAAGGGCGAGGGCGAAGCGCGAGACGAAGCCCGGGCAGAUCAAGCGCUGCAAGGACAUGAUCAACAAGGCCGUCGGCUUCCUCGCGUGGCAGGCCCUAUUCGCGGGCGCGUUUUUGGUGAAGCCGCUAUUCUUAGAGGGCAAGGCUCGCGCCCAGGACCUCUGUGGCGUGUUCGACGUCAAGACCGACGCAAGCUGCGACCUAAUGCAGAUCUUCGCGGGAGAAGCUGCUAUAUCCGAGGUAGGUAUGAUGCAGCUGAACAGUAAGCGAGACGUGCUAUGCGAGAACCCCUGGACCUCGGAAGUGUUCAAGCAGCCGCAGGAGUUCGCGAGGGCCGUUCUGCAGGCCUGCCGGCGCAGCAACCGCGGCUACAAGGCGGAGCGCGGCAUCUGCGCAACAGGGGGUCUCAUGGACCUCAAGGGUGGAGAAUCCGACAAAUGGUUUUACUACGAGAACGUGGGUGAUUUCACGGAGCUGCCAACAAAGUUACCAGACGGACCUAAUUGGAAUCGAGUUGGACGACGAAGGGUCAUCGAUCUCGAGACCGAUGUGGUAUUGCAGGACUUCGUGAAGGCCGACAUCGCCCCAGAUUUGAUCAAGCCGAAGUUGGGCCGCACCGCCAAGCUGAACAUCCAGAUGUGGUGCAUGCCCGAGCCUGUCGCGGACGACAUUGGAGCUAAGGCCAUCCAGUUCGGACCUGGAAGUUCAGAUUGUUCAUGUCAGGACCUGGCGGCACUACGUCAGCUGCAUCAGAAUUUAGGACAUCCCAGCAACGAAAUCAUUGAGAUUCUCAGGCAGAAGAUUGCGAGGCCAGCCAGGUUUUCGCGCACGGCAGAUUUCAACGAGCAGAUUGGGCUGGACUGCUUCACAAUCAAGGACAUCGAUGACAAGGCUUGGGAAUUCAUAUCGGCAGUGGAUUUGGGUACUACGUUUGACGUUGUGGGUGUGGUCGAGAGUCGCCAUGGUUAG